AUGGAAUGUAUGAAAAAUGGUGGACGAUCAGCAAUUCCAUCUCGAGUUCUUAUGGAUUGGGAUUGGAGAGAACGAUUGGUUUCAGAACGAGGAAGAUCUUGGAUUGAGGCAAAUCAGGAAAAAGCUCUCAUGAAUAUAAAAGAGAAAAAUGCAAAAUUAUAUAAACACGUGCCAGCAUUAGAUGAAACAAGAAAAUUACGGGAAAAAUUGCAAUAUGUAUCGAUGUAUUUAUUCACUUGUAGAGAAUCGGUUGCUGAAGAUUUUAGGAGACGAAUUUGGCCGAAAGAAUAUUUACAUUCGGAAAUUGAUAAAUAUUCGUUUUCGGUAAGUUUAGAAAUUAGCUUAAAAUUUUUGGAAAAUGAUGUAUUGUUUAAAAAGGUAAUAAUUUAAAAAAAAUCAUUUAUUUCAGGAUCUUCUUGAUGUAAAAGAAGGAAGUUUGCAAAAGAAAUUGAAUCAACUUUUGAAGCAUGCAAUAUCUCAUGUUAUGGGAUGCACUCUUUGUCGACAAAAAGGUUUCAUUUGCGAACUUUGCAGUCUGAACGAUGUUAUUUAUCCAUUCCAAACAGAUGAAACACACCGCGUAAGUUGAAAUUUUCAAAAAAUCAAAAUUGUCCUUGUCCAUAAUCUGAUUGUUUUUCAGUGUUUUGUUUGUUUUUCUGUUUUCCACAAACCAUGCUGGAAAACAUCUGGAGAAUGUCCAAAAUGUCUUCGACGCCAACAAUUUGAAACUCGUCGUCAACAAAUCGAUGAUCCGCAUUCUCUGCUUGUUCUUCAACCAUAA